AUGUCCACACGCACAGGCGAUGGUAUGGUGAAUGCGGCAGGCUCAGUGCUGACCGCGGUUGUGGGCCUCGCGAGGUCGCCGCAACCCAGAGGAGGCGAUGGCGACAAAGGGGCCUGGCCGAUGACUUCACCGGCCGCAAACACGGACAACGUCCCAAGCCCUUGCGCCGUGACUGGGAAGAAGGAAAGUUCCCUGGGCAUGGCGGCUACAGCGGAAGGGAAGGGCAUUGGUGCGGUGGUGGAGGCGGCAGAGGCAAAAGCGUAUCCGUUGCUCUCCCUGGCCGUAUAUCCCGGGGGCAAGGAGGUUGAGCGCAGGUGGGAGGGCACAAUGGAGGAAGAGGAGGAGGUUGAGGGGCGCGAAUGCGGUGAUAAAGGUCGCGACCGGGGAACCAUCACAAAGGGAGAGGAAAGGAAAGGGGAGCCGGCACGAUCGGCGCCC